CUUUUCUCUCCCAAACCAGCGGCCGCACAGCCGCUCCUCCUUACCCAUCCUCUCAGCUCUCGCGAUCUCUGUAUGGAUAUCGUUGCAGCCUCGCUGCCGGUCGACUAAUCGUUCUUCCGUCCAUCCGCCUCUCCUUGAGGCCAUCGCUCCUCUUUCUGCCUCUUGUGAUCUCGCAGGUAGGAGGCAUUGUUGCAAUAAAUGCCACCUCUUCGGCCUCCUCUGCCUCGAAUCCUCCUCAACAAUGUCUCUUGCAUGCGUAACGCACAGAUAAUCCUUAGACAUAUCAACGUUUCCGUCCAUGAUGGCACUGCCCUUGUGUUGACGGGUGCAAAUGGUUCUGGAAAGACAACCCUCCUUCGUAUGCUUGCUGGAUUCUCUCGCCCCUCGGGUGGGGAGAUCCUUUGGAAUGGACAUGACAUCACGUCUGCUGGAGUCUUCCAGCAGUACAAGCUGCAACUCAAUUGGUUAUCACUGAAAGAUGCCAUCAACGACAAGCUCUCUGUGUUGGAUAAUGUACAAUGGUUUGAAGUUCUCGAGGGGAAGUGUGGUAGAUCAUUGCCUGCCCUCGAAUUGAUGGGAAUAGGUAGGCUGGCAAAUGACAAGGCAAGGAUGCUUUCGAUGGGUCAGAGGAAGCGAUUGCAGUUGGCGAGAUUACUGGCACUUGACAGACCCAUUUGGCUGCUCGAUGAGCCAUCAGUUGCUUUGGACGAUGAAGGUGUCCGUUUGUUGGAGUAUAUAAUAGCCGAACACAGGAAGAAAGGUGGGAUUGUGUUUGUGGCAACCCAUCUGCCUAUCCAGAUCGAAGAUGCAAUGUCGCUUCGUCUUCCACCAAGAUUCCCGAGGAGGAUGACUUUCUUCGAUAUGGUCUGAUGAAUGUAAAACUUAUGUAUGUUUAUUUAGACUGAAUAAACAAUGGAAGGCAUAAACAUGUGUGUUAUGAUCGACUCAUCUCAUAACCUGGCUCACUGUCUUCAUCAGCCAUGCUACUGAUCAAACAGGCAAAUUCUCAUGAAACAGGGGAAUUGAGGUUUUCUUAGACCUGA